AUACUUGAAUCUUGAAUCUUUAAUGAUAGAUAUUCUGUUUUCCUUUGCUUUAUCCCCCCCUAUGUAAGAAAUGGUUUCGCCUAUUUGUCCUCAGAGCGAGCUAGGGUAACGAAAAGACCUUUAAACUGAAAGACCAGCAUUACAGGUCGACGACGAAACUUCCCUUCAGAAUUUAGCUAUUUUGGGUCUCAGUCUCCUUUUCCGAAGACUUGAAUGAGCUAUAACCCAAGAUGCCUCUCAAUGACGAGCGACCUGCCUCCACGUCCAGCGGUGAGGACCACAGCAGUGAUGUGGAGUCGUCGUCGGAGCGCUGCGACAGCAUGACGUCGACCAGCGACCUCGACUGUUCGCGCGAAAGCUUCACUAGCGACUGCUCCAGCACGCCCUCUUCAAGCCCACCCAAAACCUUAACCCUGGAUGAAGUCAUGGAGUCGGCCAGAGACCUGUCCAAUCUCAGCUUUGCCCAUGAGAUCAUUGUAAACCGCAACUUCCAUCUGGAACCAGAGAGCCUACCCCAGGACAGUUUAUGGAAGGUAGUUAGAGAUAAUGUCCACAAGGCCUUCUGGGACAUCCUGGAGUCCGAGCUGAACGACGACCCUCCUGAGUAUGGGCAAGCCAUCAGGUUAUUGGAGGAGAUCCGAGAGAUUUUACUUUCGUUCCUUAAUCCGGGUGCCAAUCGGAUGCGGACGCAAAUUCUGGAGGUGCUGGACAUGGACCUGAUUCGUCAGCAGGCUGACAAGAAUGCAGUAGACAUCCAGGGGCUUGCCUCUUACAUUAUCACUACCAUGGGCAAGAUGUGUGCCCCAGUUAGGGACGAGGAAAUCAAGAAGCUCCGUGAAAGCUCGGAUAACAUAGUGAUACUGUUCAGGGAGAUCUUCCGUGUGCUGGACCUGAUGAAGGCGGACGUAGUCAACUUUAAAAUCGAUAAUCUGAGGCCUGUGCUGCAGAGGCAGAGUGUCGAAUGUGAGAGGGCGAUGUUUCAGUGCAUCCUGGACAAAACACCCAGUGCUUUGGACCACACCACCUCGUGGUUGAAGUCGGCACUGGAGGAGCUGUCGAACAACAUCCCCACAGGGCAGACGAACAGUCCGGGGAAAGGACAGCCGGUGCUGCCGGGACCCUUUCAGGUCCUCAACACCGCCUUCCUCCGCAUCCUUACAUGGCAGUACGCUAAGGGCCCACUGCCGGAGACCUUGAUGACUGAUGAGACACGUCUGCAAAAGAUUCAACGGCAGCUCCAGCAGAGUCAGGCGGUGAACGAGGUGCUGCUAAUUAUCUACAGCACCAUUGGAGGGCCCAUCCAGGGUCUGCCCGCCCUGUCUGACCGCCUGAAGAGGAUGAUCAGUGUGCUGCUGGAUGGCAUGCACAGCCCGGACUUUAACCAAGAAGAGGCACUAGAGGGCGUCAGCGCUCAGAUCUGCUGUGAGCUCAACAAGUCUUUAACAGAGAGGAACUACCCUGCCCUGACCUCGGCGCUGCAGGCCACCGUCACAGGCCAGAUCUGCAGCAUCACUCAGAAGGACAACCCCAUCCGCACUCUUGUUGAGGAUCGUGUGCAGCAGUACUUCAUGGCACUCAUCUGUCAUCCUAAACCCCAGGUCAAACUUGAACAAGUACCAGUUGGCUUGACUGCUAUCAAGCCUGAACUAGCAUUGAUGGGAGCAAAGUUCAUCUCCCUGGUUAACUACAAUAAGACUGUCUAUGGACCUUUCUAUGCGGAUAUCAUCAGGAAGCUGAUGUUCAGCAACAGCCCACCAGCAGCAAACCCUCCUCAGGACACCACUCAGGACUCUGUCACCUCCAAAUAAAACCAAACUUUUGUGCCAUCUAAGGAGUCUUUCUUCUACUAGACAUAGCUAAAGCUAAAGAGGUAGUACAACAGCUUGGCAGUACAACUGCGUCGCUCAGGCUAAUGUACUCCAGUAACUGGAGUUCCCUUCAUCGUAUUGUAAAUGUAGUAUUUAUCACUACAUUUAGCAGCGUAGGCGCCAUGCAGUAGACAUUUAAUGUGACCUGCAUGCAUCCAUUGAGAUAAAUGCUCUAAAACAUGCUCACCUGUGAAUAUUUACAGUGUCAAACUGGAAAACCAGUGUUACAUCCAUUCAUUUCUGAACCUAUUGGCAUCCCUACAUUGUAAAUGAGUCUGUAGUCCGACGGCUUUUAUUGUGGAGAGAGUCCACAGGGCGAAAAGGGCAAAACCUUAGUAUGUCUAAAGCAUACCGUAUCUUUAUGAAGCAAAGAGGACAAAAGAAGUUAUACUAUAUUUAGAUAAAAUAGCAGAGUAGCAUUUCAGAUUCCUUAUGUGUAAGAAUAUUUUUAGCACUGUUAAAUAUCGUACUAUAUGACCACCUUUGAACGUAUUCGUGCAAAACACAAAAGAGCCCUUUUCCCAUUAACUUCUUAUCAGCCUCAAUCUAAACUUUUUGUAUUCUGUUUAAUCCACUGAUAUUAAUAUACAGCCAAAUAGAAGUAGGUAUAAUAUUAAAAAAAAAUUCAUUUUGACUUAUUUGACUGAAAACAAUAACAGUUGUCUGCAUGAGUAGCUUUGUGUUGGGUUUUUACUUGAGUUAAUUUGUUGCAGUACUCGUCACAUGUGUGUUCUUUACUUUUACUUCUUAUCUGCCAGUGGAAUAUUUGUUGUUUUGAUUUAAUUGCUAUGUUUGUUACAUUUUGAGGUAUUGUAGUUGUUACGUUAUUGCUGUUAGAACCUGUGGGGAUAUGAAACAUACCAAGCAGAUGUGUACUUUUGCAAAGGUUUAACAAGAACAUGGGGGAAGUUGUUGUUCUUUUCUUUUCUGUACCACAGUUAAUAUAAUAAAAAUUGCUAUAAAUGAAAA